GGCGCAGAGAUGUUAGACUCCCCGCCCUCUGGUUACCUAGUGGGCUGGGGACACCGUGCUGGGGACGGGCCCUUGCUCCGCUCUCCAGCCAGUGGCCUGAGGUGAAGGAAACAAUUGGCCUGGAGGGAACCUGCUGCCAGCAGCAAAGGCUUUCCUAGGCUGUGGUCCUGCACAAAAGGAACAGCAGACAGCUCAGCAUCCAUUAAAAAAAUAUUGUUUAUCCAUACAGGAAAGGGCACUGGAGGCCACUUUCUUAAUUAAAAAAAAAUGACUAUGUUCUCUUCUUUGAAUUAGUUCCUAGGUGUGGUCAAGGAUUAUAACGCACCAGAAAUAAAUCAGUGGGACUGAAAGGUUUUUAUAUCUAUGUCAAUGAAGUCAUCCUUCCCCCACUCUUACUUUUUCAGUCUUUUUGGGGUGGGAGGCGUGAGGGCAAUUUCCCAGAAUGAACCUGAAAGGAACUUGUAAUCAUUGUUAAUUUGUAUAAAUACUAACUUAGUUUUUAGACUACUCUUUCUAGAUAAAGACAUUCAAAGAAGUAAGAGAGGCUAAAUUGCUAUUAAUGUACUGAUAGUAUCCAGGAAGAUACCAGUGACUUUAUCACAUCAGCAUUCACAAUGUGAUGACUGUGACAUCAGUAUAUAUACUUGAAAACUAAUCCAAUUAAAGAAGCUGAUAUCAGACAGGACUAGAAAGAGUGUUUGUUUGUGUGUGCUUGUUUGUAAAAGAGUGCAGGAUAUCAUGGCAGAGACUUCAGUGGAUCCCUCAUCUUUACCUGUAAUAAGGAAAAAGAAAAGUUUAUCCAUUGAGGAAAAAAUUGACAUAAUAAGUGCUGUGGAAAGUGGCAAGAAAAAAGCAGAUAUUGCAGCAAAAUAUGGCAUAAAGAAAAAUUCAUUGUCUUCAAUUAUGAAGAAUAAAGAUAAGGUUCUAGAAGCCUUUGAGUCCUUACGAUUUGAUCCUAAAAGAAAAAGACUAAGAACAGCUUUUUAUACAGAUCUGGAAGAGGCAUUAAUGAAGUGGUACAGAAUUGCUCAGUGCUUGAAUGUACCAGUAAAUGGCCCAAUGUUGCGUUUCAAAGCUAAUGAUUUUGCUCAGAAACUUGGACAUUGUGAUUUUAAGUGCAGUAACGGCUGGCUUGAUCGUUUUAAAUCAAGAUAUGGUUUAGUAUUCAGAUCUCAGUCUAUGGAACCUGUGGCUACUACAGCAGAUACUUUAACUGUUUGGUACCAAAAUGUUCUUCCUUAUUAUUUAAAUGAUUAUCAGCCAAAAAAUGUGUUUAAUGUAAAGGAGACUGGAUUGUUUUAUCGGAUGUUACCUAAUAAUACUUUUGCAUUUAAAGGGGAAACUUGUUCUGUUGGCAAGCUAAGCAGAGAGAGAAUAACUGUAGUGGUUGGUACAAAUAUGGAUGGCUCUGAGAAACUUCCUUUGCUUGUUAUUGGCAAAAAUAAAAAUCCGCACUGCUUUAAAGAUAUAAAGUCACUGCCUGUGGAUUAUGAGGCAAACAAUAUGGCAUGGAUGACCUCAGAAGUGUUUGAACAAUGGAUGCGUAAACUUGAUGAGAGAUUUCAAGCACAGCAGCGGCGAGUAGUAUUUUUUGUUGACUCUUUCCCGGCUCACCCAGAGGUAAAGAAUCUAAAGUCUAUUGAACUGGUAUUCUUUCCUCCAUGCUCAUCAUCCAAAUUUAUAGCUAUGAAACAGGGAGUUAUAAGAAGUCUGAAAAUCAAAUACAGGCAUCGUCUUAUCAAGAGAUUUGUAGACUGUGUAGAAGGUAGUAAAGAAUUUACAUUGACUCUACUUGAUGCAGUUGAUAUGUUGCACCUAUGCUGGAGGAAUGUAACUCCAGAGACUGUUGUUAAAAGUUACAAAGAAGCAGGAUUCAAAUCACAAGCGGGGGAAAAUGGUGACACAGACAGGGAGAUUGAAAGUGGUUUAGAUUUGAUUGCACAUGCAUUGGCAGCUGGGGUAGAGUUUCCAGAAGGUUUAUCUUUGGAGGAAUAUGCAGCUUUGGAUGAUGACUUGGUAACAUGUGAAAUGCCCACAAAUAAUGAAAUGAUACGGACCAAAGAAAGCACUUCAUUUAAAACUGAGUUCUUUGUUUAUGAUGAAGAGGAAGAUGAAGGUGAUGGAUCUCCAGGAAUUGAACAGCCUUUGCCAUCAAAAAAUGAGGCUCUGACUGCUUUAGAUACUCUUCGAAGGUUUCUCAGAGGUCAAGACAUGAAUGAGUCUCUUCAUAAUUCCCUAGCAGAUCUAGAUAAUUUUAUUCAGCAUGUAGCAUCUAAAUGAGGGUUUAUCCAAGUAUGAAAGCAUUUAAAUGGAAAAACUAGUUAUUUAGCCAGUUAAAAAUCAAAUAAAAACCUGCAGCAUGGUUCUGUGGUUUGCUUUGCAAACAUAUAUCUAGGUAUGAUGAAUAAAAUUUUAAAAUAAUAGAGCUCUGAACUGAGGACUUCCAAGGAUAAGGGGAUGAUAAACUAAAAUUGGGUGGGGAGAGGAGUAACCAACCUUUGUGUAUUCUUGGGCCUUUUAACUUGAUAACUUGUGGAAGGUACAAGAAAAGUAAAAAUGAUAUUCCAGUUGAUAAAUGUAGGCGAAUAUUGAACUGGCAGUUUGUUCCCUUUUUUUAUUGAUUUUCCGCCGUCCCUCCCCCCAUGAAUAGUCCCACUGAAGUUAGUGGAAGUUUGUAUAGUAUUUCAAUAACGAUUUAUAAGAUUAAGCCUUAGGACUUUUACUCUGAUUUAACACCCCCCCCCCCCCCAAAAAAAAAAAAGUUUGAGCUCUUAGCGAACUAAAGUUUUUUUUUAAUGUAGAACUUUCUUCCUGUUAAAGAAUCCUAGCGAUGAUAUGUAGAUAUCAGAAUUUGUUUUUUAAAUGGGAAACAGUGGAAAAUUGGUGCUUGUUUUAUUUUUAGAAGAUAUGUUUGACCUGGAUCUAUAUGAAUAGCACAACCAUGCACCAAAGUUUAAACAAAAACAAACUUGACUCUAUUUGAUGGGUUGUACAUCAGAGUUCAAAAUGGAGACCCCCUUAACUCCAUUUCAGCCUUUAGAUAUCUGAAAUUUGGGUUUGAUGUAGACCCGUCUAUACUACUACUAUAUUUUUCUGUGGUAAAUAGAACAAUUUAGGAUUAGAUUAUGCAGUAUCUGCAUUAUAAAUCUCACAAAACUCUUGUAUUUACUGUACUCAGUAACAGUAUUGAUAUAAACCAAGUAAAGUACUUAAACUUGUAUUUGUGAAAUACAUAAUAUAGAAGCUUUAUCUAUACUAGGAUUUUAUGCACCAGUGAAAGCUCAUAAUGUACAUGUGGUUUGAAUUGGUGCAAUUUAUAACAUGGUAAAUUACACUGCACUCCUAAACUGAGCCUAGAGUAGAGGCAUGUCAGAGUGCAGCUACAUAAGAGGCUAAAAUCCCACAGUAGAUGAGGUCUAGCAUUUGUAAAACUUAAAAACAAAAUGUUCAUUUUUAAGCAUAUUGUAGAUAUUUCUUUACCAAAAUAUUAGUUUUUUAAAAGUCAAUAACUUUUUUAAGUUUUUCUGGUUUUUGAGAAAAUACUAUAUUUUAUAGGAGCACUUUAGAAAACCUUUAAGUGUUAUAGAAUCUAUUGUUGGAGCUAGUAUCUAAACCUUACUCCAUGUUUUUUAAAAUUCUUGGUUAUUUUAAUGUUCUGUUUGGAAAUUAAUAGUUCGAGUGAGACUAUAUUUAUUUUACAUUUACAGGAUACUGUAUCCAAUUGUAAUUACAAUGUUUUCUGGUAGCAGAGAUGUAUCAAAGUGUUAUCUUACGAAUCAUGAUGUUCCUUUUCAUGUGACAAAUUUCCUAUGGCUAAAUUGCAUGAAUCUUUCAGGAGAAUUGUUGUCUACAACAAUAUUAAUUAUCUACUUUUUGGUUUCUUGUUUCAAAACGACUAACAGUUCUAUCAAAAAAAAAAAUUGGUCUCCUUUUCUGAAUGACAAAUACAGUCAACAUCUGACCCAGAGAUUUAUAGAUUAUGUAGAAAACGCAUCCCACUCCAUCGUCCUCUUAGAAUGCUGUUGGAAGAAUAUAGAUUUUUGUGGUUUGUAAAUUGGAAGGAUAGGUUGUGUCAGUCACUAAAUGCUUUCCCAAUGUUUAGAAAACAUUACUUCUUAUGCAAGCUAAGGCUAUUUUAAAGUUACAGAAAAUGAAAGGUUAAAUACCAUAAAACCUGUGACUAAUUUUCCUUUAAUAUUAUUAUGAUUUGAAGCUUGUCAAAUACUUUGUUGACAUAUGUUUACCUUAGUGUGGCUCCAAUUAAAGCAAAAUCCCAGUGGCCCUGAUCCUGCAAGCCAAUCUACCUAGCAGACCCUACAGCCGUGACAGUGGGUGUCAGUGGGUCUGCAGAUGGGUGCAGGGACCACAUGUUUAAAUUGCCUGGCUAAGGAACCUGACCUUGCUUCCUUCUAAGUCAAUGGCAAAACUUGAAUUAACUAAAUGGAGUAGGCUUGCACCCUAAAUAGUGAAGAUGAAUUAUCUUUAUUGCCUGAUGUAAUAAAUGAGCGAUGUAAAGGGGGCAUGAACACAACAGAUUUUUUUUUUUUUUAACCCAAGGUCUUGUGAAAUAGUUGGAAUCUUUGGAAACAGAUUUAGAAGAUCAGAAGAAACUGAAAUAAGCAGGUCUGUCAGAGUCCGUAUCAUAUUCUCACUGGUAGAUCAGAGCCAACACUCCUGCCUGAGAACUCCAUGGAGAUUCAUCCAGAGUCUGCAAAUGCCUCUUCCCAGGUUGCUGGCGUGCUCACUAUUGAAUCGAGCGAGGCACUCUUUCUCUUCCCCACCACCCACCUAGGGUCCUAUUCUACCUGUGAAGAGAAAAAAACACCUUUGGUGCAACCACUGAUCCACCAUAUUAAUUAAACCUAAACCAUGUUUAAAAUUCAGCAGAACCAGUAGUAGUACAGUGGGGAUUACUAUAUAUUGGGAAAUUUUAUAGAUAGGCUUUAAGGAAUGAGUGAAGGAAGUAGGGCUGGUGUAAGGAAGUUUUGCACCCUAGGCGAAACUUCCACCUUGCGACCCCCCCCCCCCAACCCUGCGGCAGCUCCCCUUCCUGCCCUGAGGGGCCCCCCAAGGAGCCGUGCGGCAGCUCCCCACCCCAGCUGACCUCUGCUCCGCCUCCUCCCCAAGCACGCUGCCCCCGCUCUAAUUCUCCUCCCCUCCAAGGCUUGCGGCGCCAAUCAGCUGUUUGGCGCCGCAAGCCUGGGAGGUGGGAGAAGUGGAGCAGCGACCGCGCAGCAGCCCAGCCCAGGAACGCAAUUAAAAAAAAAUUGGGGGCACCGCUUUUUGGCACCCCCAAAUCUUGGUGUCCUAGGCAACCGCCUAGUUUGCCUUAAUGGUAGCACCGGCCCUGGAAGGAAGACAUUCCCUAUGCUGGGAUUGAAUAUGCUGUAUCUGCAAUACUCCCUACUCAGGCUUCAAAACCCCCCAAAAUUAGAAAUUGCACCCAAGACUCUUGCACAUUGUCAGCGUUGGGGAACAUAGUAACAUAAUCAGUGUUUGCUCAUUUGUGUUAAAUCUAUUGAUAUUCUGCUAAUUGAUUUACCUAAUGUAGAUAAAGCCUUGGGCACCAGGCUUCCCCAUCCCCACAAAUGGUCCCUUUGACUCUGCUGUUCUAAUUCACAACCAGAAAAUACCUAUUUUGCUCCUAAUUAUAUAUGAAUUUAGCCCAGAAGGGUUGUGGCAUUGUUGAUUUGGUUUUUUCUAGGGCUGUCAAUGGCAGUUGACUUGCGUGAUUAACUCAAAAAAAUUAAUCAUGAUAAAUUGUACUGUUAAACAAUAGAAUAGCAAUUGAAAUUUAUUGAAUAUUUUUGG